UGAGCACUAAGUGCGCAUAUUGGAAUGAUUAUCAUGUGACACUGAAUGGCUGUUAAAAAUCAGCUUUCUCAUCCAGGAAUAAAUUACAUAAAAAUAAAAAAUAAAUCAUACCAAACCCAAACUUUUGAACAGUAGUGUAUGUAUGUGGUAUUAUAGAUACAUUUGUUUUUUUGUCCUUUAGUAAGGGUGGGUUCUCUGAGCUUGGUAUGAGUCAUAAGCGUCCAUAUAUGUUUAAAAUGUCAAAAAUUGGUCUUGGACAGCGUAUUAUCAUCUAACCCACUAGAUGGCAUUCACACCAAAAAAAUGGUAACUUCAUAGCUCCUAAGAGAGCAUCUUUCGAAAUUGUUAUGGUUGACACAAAGUUCUUUUGUAAAAUACUAUCACGAUUAUUUGAUUUGGGAAAAAUCCGAAAACCAAAACACUGAAGAAAAAAGAGAAAUAAAAACAAAGACUUAUUAAUGCUAUAAUAAUUCAAAAGAUGUUUUGGAUUCUCCAGGCUCUGAGGGAAGGCAGCUGUGACGUAUAUGGCUGUGCUUCCUUCUGAUUGGCUUAAAGUUAUGUUGGGCACGUCCACUAUAAAAAGUAAAUUUACCAAACGGAUUGUUUUACAGUUCAUACUCAAACUCGUUGUAUCCUAAUCUAAUCCAGCAUGCGUUUUUUUUAGGAUCUUUUUUUUUGUGUGUAUGUUUUCGUAUUAGUUUUUUACUUGAAUAGGCUACCAUAUAACGUUAGUAGUAAACAUUUUCUUUGUUCAUAUUCAGUCAGAAUGUCUCAUAGCUGUCGUCUGCUCUGUGGUUUUUUAAUGAGCUGCAUCGGCUGGAGUGGUAUUAUAAUAGCGACCUCAACCAACGACUGGGUGCUGAGCUGUAAGUACGGCAUGCACACCUGCAGGAAGAUGGAUGAGCUGGAGACCAAGGGCUUGUGGACCGAGUGUGUCAUCUCUACUGCUGGAUAUCACUGCAUCUCACUCAACCAGAUCCUCGAUAUACCAGCUUACAUCCAGACGUCGCGCGCUCUGAUGGUCUCCGCCUCUUUACUCGGACUUCCCGCUCUGGCGCUCGUGCUGCUCGCGAUGCCAUGCGUCAAACUGAGCCAAGAGAGCGAAGAGUCCAAACACAGACGCGCAGUCCUGGGAGGACUCCUUAUACUGUUCAUAUCUCUGUGUGGGAUGGUGUCCACGGUGUGGUUCCCUAUUGGUGUGCUUCACGAAGAUGGCCUGAUGUCGUUCGGAUUCUCUCUGUAUGCUGGCUGGAUCGGUUCAGCCCUUUGUUUUUUUGGCAGCUCGGUGAUGAUUUGUUGCUCAAGGGGUGAUGACCCAGGUCAAAAUCUUGAAAACCGCUACUACUACUCAAAACACAGUGGGGUUACUAACUCCGGCCCUCCUAUAAACAGUCACGCCAAGAGCGCACAUGUGUGAGAGUGAAGACACCCUGGAUGAGACCGCAGGCGCCUUACCUCAAGAUUUGAACACGCGCCAAUGAACUAUGCGAAGAAUUUGUUUUCUACUGCCAUGGUUUGACUGCAAACAUGUGAAGAUUCGGCGGGAACAAAGAAUUCAGUGGAAACUGUUCUUUGUUUUUUUGUGCUAAAACUCAGACGUUUGAACAUUUAAAGGCUUUGUUUGAACAGACGUUGAAAUGAAUCCAAAGGGAAACAGCUCUCUUCUCCCUAGGCAUUCAUUUUUCAUUGACUUUACAGUAUUUACACAGUAUUCAUUUUGCUCCUAUAUUUCUUAUUUUUACCAGUGACUUUUAUUUUAUCUUGUGUAAAAGUUGUGAAUAUAAGCUUAUUAGCUCAUGCCAACAUUUAGGAAAGUAUGUACACCCAGACAGACAGAUAAAUAGAUAGAUAGGCGGACAGGAAAGCUGUGUGGUUGAAUGACCAGAUGUCUUUUGCACUGUUUUCCUGGAGAUCUCCUCACAGCUUCCUGCACACAACCUCCUAGGAAAUCAGCAUUUGAAAUUUGACAUUUGAAAUAUCUGUAACAGGAAAACCGCUCAUUUUAUCUGGUCUCAUAUGGUCGGUGAUUGAUUUAUUGUUGUAAUGCAUUUUUUUUUUGUGCUGUUUGGGAGAUGGUGGGCAUAAUCAUAUACCGUCUACUUUGUUUGUUAUGCAUAUUACUUUUUUCAAAAUCAUCACGCCAUCUCAUAAUACACAAAUUGAAUGUGCCUGAAUGAAAACAUGAACCUACAAUAUACAAACAUACAUACAUAUAUAUAAUAUAUAAUAUUGUUAUAGUUGAUGACACAAAAAAGACACCAUUUAUGAUUGUAAAAUAUAUACAUUUUAAUAUGUCAUUUGAAAUAUAUUUGUAUAUUCUUUUCAAACAUGUAACUCUUGAUCUCAGUGAAUAUAAGUGUGUUCUGAAUCGAAAUGAUUUUUCGCGCAAAGCUGUAAGUAAGAAAUGUAAAUAUCCUUGUGCAAACCUAAACAAGGGUGAAACCACAAGACAUUUCUACAAACCAACAGAGAAAGAAUUUGAUAUCAACGUCGCAAAAUAUUUUGAGAACUAUUGAGCUUUCACAGGAAGCCAAUCAUAAUAUUUCCUCCCUUAAAAUUCAAGGGAGAGCUUGAGACUUUAGAUCAAACACAGCUGUGGAGAUGAUGUAAGGUGAAAAGUCAGCUCAGUGCAUCUUCAGAGGGUUUCUGCUCAUGUAGUGACAACUUGCAUUGGUUUUUGCUUUAAAGAGGUAUCUUGAGUUUUUAUAUGGAAAAGACAAGGGCAUUGCUUUUAGGAUCUUUAUAAUGGAAAAAAAGAUUACUGUUUGAAGUAAAACCAACACUGAAACAGCAGCUCAUAUCAGAAAGAAAUACAAAUUCUGUUCCAAAUCUAAAGACAUAUUUGAUUUUAGUAGAAUAACAUUAAGGAGGGGUUAUUUAAAGGCACUUUUGAAGCCUUGAUAAAAAAAAACUGGGAUAAACAUCCCUC